UUUCUAAAUACCCUGAUUCAAGCAUUUGCACCUCAUCUGGUUUGUUUGUUAUGUCCGAUCCCAAGAAGUAUACCGUGGGCUGGAUCUGCGCCAUCCGCGUCGAGUUCGUCGCCGCGCAGUCAUUGCUAGACAAAGUCCAUGACGGCCCAGCAUUCGUACAACCUCACGACCCCAACAGCUACAAACUCGGCUCGAUAGGCGUCCACAAUGUUGUGAUCGCAACUCUUCCAGACGGCGAGUACGGCACCGUCUCUGCCGCGCAAGUAGCCGCCAACAUGCUCAACAGCUUCCCGAACGUGCGGGUUGGCUUGAUGGUGGGCAUUGGCGGCGGAGCCCCCAGUACUAAGAAUGAUAUCCGGCUCGGAGACCUCGUGGUGGGUGUGCCUAGGGAUGGUGAGAGGGGCGUAUUCAACUAUGACUUUGGCAAGACGGUGCAGGGGAGAAAGUUUGAGGUGACGGCGUUGCUGGAUAAGCCGUCGGCUGUUCUUCGGGGUGCGGUGGCUGCGAUGCAGGCGAAGCAUACGCUUUCUCGUCCUCGUAUCCAUGAGGAUGUUGAGGCGGCGCUGAGAAAGAAUCCAAGGCUUGUGGGGGAGUUUGCGCGUCCCCCGCUGGAGAGUGACCGGCUCUACAAGUCUGAUGCUAUUCACGAUCCCGCUGCUCAAUUCGAUCCCAGCACCCUUGUGCCAAGGAAGAUUCGCCAGCCGCAUGAGGAUAAUCCGGCAAUUCACUAUGGAACGAUUGCCUCGGCGGACCAGCUCAUGAAAGAUGCCACGGUCCGGGAUAGACUCAUCGCAGAGAAGAAUGUCUUGUGCUUCGAGAUGGAGGCUGCGGGGCUGAUGAACCAGCUCCAGUGUCUUGUCAUCCGGGGAAUCUGUGACUACUCUGAUUCACACAAGAAUGAUGCGUGGCAGGGAUACGCGGCGAUGGUGGCAGCAGUAUAUGCAAGGGAGCUUCUCGACGAGAUUCACCCCAGCUCGGUGGAGGUCCAGCGUACGCUCCAGGACCUUGCAAAGGAGGAGUUCAGGCAUAUGAAACGAGAUAUAAACAGCCUCCAGGCCAGCAAUGAUAAGACCCAGACAGAAGCCAUUCUGAACUGGCUCGCCAGUGAUGAUCACCUUGUGCAACAGGAAAGGUUCCUGCAGGUGAGACACAAGAAAACCGGCUCUUCGUUCCUGUCUUCUGCGGAGUUCCAGCAGUGGUCAACAGGGCGCGGCCAAGUACUGUUUUGUCCAGGACCUCCUGGUGCUGGGAAAACGAUCAUGGCCUCGUCUGUGGUUGACCAUCUUUUAAAGCCACAGCCCAAUGCUGCAGUUGCGGUCAUAUAUCUCAGCUAUCUCAACCAGCAAGAGCAAUCUGUCCGCUGUCUCAUGGCCGCACUACUUAGACAGCUGGCGUAUUCUGACGCCGGAGUGCACGGAUCAGUACAGGAAAUGUUUAACGAGAAGCUCAAAGUCCCAGAGCCAGGCGAAGAGCGACUGGAAGCUGCCUUGAUGUCUGUGCUAUCCGGACUAGAUCCUGCCUUUAUCGUCGUGGAUGCUCUUGACGAGUGCGACUCUCCAAAGACCAGGAAGGAUCUCGUUACAACAUUGCUGCGCCUACAAUCGACGUGCAAAGUGAAUGUUCUCUUGACAUCGCGGCCUGAUGAUGCAAUAUCUCGGGUUCUCGGAAACUGCCCUCUUAUUAUCAAGGAGCUUGUUGCUUCGGACGACCUUGCCAUGUAUGUCAUGGACGAACUGUUGCGUGUAUGCCCAUCGGAAGCAGGCUCUCGCAUUCUAGAUAAAGCCAAGAGAGAUAUAAUGGAUGCUGCUAAUGGAAUCUUUCUCAUUGCACAGCUAUAUUUGAGUGCCCUCCACGCCACAGACAUAUCCUCACCUCGGGAGUUGACAGCGGCUUUAGCAGACUUGAAAGCUGGCCCUCAUACCUCCCAUGCCCAGUCAAGAUUGCUUGAAGACAUAUACCGCAAGACAAUGGCGCGCCUAAAGCUUCAGCGCAACGACUUAGGUCUGCGGGCUCUCAUGUGGGUGGCCUGCUCCAAGAGACCGUUGUCCGUCGCCGAGCUGGAGCAAGCGCUCGCUGUCCAAGGAUUCAAAGAUACAGAUCACAAACCAAGACAGGUUCCUAUGGUACCGAUGAAAACAAUCCUGUCCGCCUGUCUGGGCCUCGUCACCGUGAACCCAUCCGCUGACAGCAUUGUCUUCGCUCACAAAACUGCCCAUGAAUACUUUUCCACCUCCAGGGAGGAGCAUUUCCCAAGCGCAGAGGGUGAAAUGACCAGAACCUGCCUGUCGAUGCUUGUAUCCUACACACCGCGUGAGUUCCUCAGCCAGUCAUGUAAGGCUGGACCGUGGAAUGAUAUACGGCACCGGCAGGAGUCCCAUCCAUUCUACUUUUACGCAGCUUCGAACUGGGGAAACCAUGCCCGCGAAACCGAUUCGCACCGUGAUCUGGUUAUGAGCUUCCUGGAACAAGACGACAAAGUGAAUGCUACCGACUAUGCCCUACUUUCGUCGGGAUCUCCCCCGAAUCAAACAAUAAGGCCGUACCGUGUCUGCCAUCCGCUGCGUGCAAUCCAUCUGGUAGCGUUCUUCGGGCUUGAGGAUAUCUUUUGCCGUCUACUCGAGAUGUAUCAAUCGCGCAGAAAGUCGUUAUUCUCUGAUAGGGAACUGUCAAAGGAGUUGAAUUGUGUAGCUACUACCCAGAACCUAACACCGCUGCACUACGCAGUCAAAGGGGGACACCAGGGGAUGGUUCAACUCCUUGUCAAGUCUGGGGCAGCCAUUAAUAAAGGGGGCUGGAAUCAUGAAACACCCUGUGGCCUUGCGCGUCGCUACGAGCACCAGGAGAUUUACGUCUUUCUGAAAGAGCACGGUGGAAGGAGCAGGGAUGGGAUGCCUGGGAAACAGAUGGCGAAAGAGGUGCUUGAACGGUCGUCGGAAUUCACCAAUAAAGUGGUCCGAGAGGUCGACCUGAGUAUAAUUCGGUUUACUUAAGUGAGGUGGACUUAACUAGCAGAUUCAAUAGCAGACAUGGUAUCCCCUAGCUACCAUUUAUCAAGGUAAAUAGACUGUCAGUGGCGUUACUACCCCCUUCCUGUGCCAAUAUACGCUCCAUACGGCACCGCCGCAUCCUGAUCAAUCCAUUGCUUCCAUAUCCCCUCCUGGUCCACUGGUG